AGAUAGCUCCAUCAGUGCGAUUGCAAUUCCUCCUCCUCCUCCUCCUCCUCCUCCUCCAUCUUCAGCUUCUGCGCAGUGAUCGCAGAGAGAGAGGGAGAGAUGGCGGACUCGCACAUGCCGAUCUCUGAAACCUUGCUGUACGUGCUGGUGAUAAUAGGGCUGGUGAGCUUCGCGGGGCUCAUGGCGGGUCUCACCCUCGGCCUCAUGUCCCUCGGCCUCGUCGACCUCGAAGUCCUCAUGAGGUCCGGUCGCCCUCGGGAACGUAUCUACGCCUCGAAGAUUUUCCCGGUGGUGAAGAAUCAACAUCUUCUGCUGUGUACACUUCUGGUUGGCAAUUCUAUGGCUAUGGAGGCUCUUCCUAUAUUCUUGGAUAAAUUGGUGCCCCCUUGGGCUGCUAUUCUGAUGUCCGUGACGCUGAUCCUCAUGUUUGGAGAGAUAUUGCCGCAAGCGGUCUGUACUCGCUAUGGAUUGAAAGUUGGUGCGUUUAUGGCACCGUUUGUUCGUGUUCUUGUUAUGCUGUUCUUCCCCAUAACUUAUCCGAUUAGUAAGGUUUUAGAUUGGAUGUUGGGCAAGGGCCACGCUGUCCUUUUGAGGAGAGCAGAGCUUAAGACCUUUGUUGAUUUUCAUGGCAAUGAGGCUGGAAAGGGUGGGGACUUAACCCACGAUGAGACUACAAUCAUCGCCGGAGCACUAGAAAUGACGGAGAAGACAGCAAAAGAUGCAAUGACUCCUAUUUCGAAGGCAUUUUCUCUUGAUCUGGAUUCAACUCUUACUUUGGACGCGUUGAAUGAAAUCAUAACCAUGGGGCACAGUAGAGUGCCAGUUUAUUCCGGUGAUCCAGCAAAUAUAAUUGGCCUUAUUUUGGUUAAAAAUCUCUUAGCUGUGGAUCCUGAUCACUCGGUUCCUCUUAGGAAAAUGAUGAUUAGGAAAAUUCCUCGGGUUUCAGAGGACAUGCCGCUAUAUGAUAUUCUGAAUACAUUUCAGAAGGGUCAUAGCCACAUUGCUGUUGUGUAUAAGGAUGUAACCAGUAAAAAGGAGCUGGCACAGGAAAGUAAGGAGGGUGAAAAUCUUGAGCUCAGGGCUAGGUUUAAGAAGAAAAAUAAAAAACCUGAGGCAUCAUCAAUAAAAGAUAAGAACGAAGUCGCUCCUACUGGCACUGCAAAUAAUCCGGGGGUUAAGCUUGGGUUUGAUGAUACUGGAAGAGCAGCUACAAAGACCGAGGAAAGUUGGGCAACGAAAAAGAGUCCACCUGCCACUCCUGCUUUUAAGAAAAGGCAUAGAGGUUGUUCUUUCUGUAUUUUGGACAUUGAGAAUGGCCCUAUUCCGGAGUUCCCCCCAAAUGAAGAGGUUGUUGGUGUUAUUACUAUGGAAGAUGUCAUCGAAGAGCUUCUUCAGGAGGAGAUACUGGAUGAGACUGAUGAAUAUGUCAAUAUCCACAAUAAGAUUAAAGUAAAUAUGCAUGCUAUUCCAGAAAAGGCUCCGAAUUCAAGUUCAUUAAAUGCUUCUUCUUUGGAGUCCUCAACGACGAGCACGCCUUCUGCGAUCUCUCCUCGCUUGGCAGUUGCAGGAUCUACGACAACACUCUCGGUAUCAAACAGUAAUUCCUUAACCGGUUCCCCAACGACAAGCUAAUAUUAAGCCAGUCUCGUAAAACUGUAGUUAAACGUAGAUGUGGGUACAACAGUAGUGAGAAGUGAGACGGUUGGAAAUUGUUAAUGAUGUAAUCUAAAUGAGUAUUGUCGGUGACAGUAUGAGAAUGGUCACCGAUGCGGUAACAUUCCUGUAUUAGUCCUAGCUACUCCUCUGGGCGUUACCAUCCAUGUACGGAAGGUUUGGUUUGAUUAUAGCUAUCGGCAUGCUAAAAGUCGUGAAAUUUCUUUUUCCCA